AUGUCUAACGAAAUGGCAGACCAGAGAGAAGAAGGGGAAGUCGGGGAAGAAGAGGUAGGUGUGUAGGGAUCCGACAAAGAGGAGGAACCACCAGCUGCGGCACCCCAUGGCCAGGGGUGGCGUCCAGGUGGCAGAGCAGCUCGGAACGCAAGGGCUGAACCUGGAGGCAGGCCCCCUGCUCUGGCAGCCAUGGUCAAUGAGCCACCAGUACCUGCUUUACUAUGGGCCCAGGAGGUGGGCUACGUCUUAGCAAGCCGAGCCCGCAAGCUGUUGCUGCAGUUCGGGGUACUCUUCUGCACCAUCCUCCUCCUGCUCUGGGUGUCUGUGUUCCUCUAUGGUUCCUUCUACUAUUCCUACAUGCCGACAGUCAGCCAUCUCAGCCCCGUACAUUUCUACUACAGGACCGACUGUGAGCCCACCUCCUCCUCACUCUGCUCCUUUCCUGUUGCCAAUGUCUCGCUGGCUAAGAGUGGACGUGAUCGGGUGCUGAUGUACGGACAGCCGUAUCGCAUUACCUUGGAACUUGAGCUGCCAGAGUCCCCCGUGAAUCAAGAUCUGGGCAUGUUCUUGGUCACCAUUUCAUGUUACACCAAAGGUGGCCGUGUCAUCUCUACUUCUUCACGCUCGGUGAUGCUACAUUACCGCUCAGACCUGCUCCAGACGCUUGACACGCUGGUCUUCUCUAGCUUCCUGCUGUUUGGCUUUGCAGAGCAGAAGCAGCUCCUGGAGGUGGAACUCUACUCGGACUACAGAGAGAACUCGUAUGUGCCGACAACGGGUGUGAUGAUUGAGAUCCACAGCAAGCGGAUCCAGAUGUAUGGAGCCCACCUCCGCAUCCACGCCCACUUCACAGGGCUCAGGUACCUGCUGUACAACUUCCCGGUGACCUGUGCUUUCAUUGGCGUUGCCAGCAACUUCACCUUCCUGAGUGUCAUCGUGCUCUUCAGCUACAUGCAGUGGGUGUGGGGGGGCAUCUGGCCCCGACACCACCUCUCUCUGCAGGUUAAUAUCCGAAAAAGAGAGAAUCCUGGAAAGGAGCGAAGGGUUCCCACCCAUCAGUCAGGGUCCCAAGGCCGCGAGGAGCUAACUCAGUCAGAUAUCACAGAGGACGCCGAGGGCCCUGAGGACCCGUCAGGCACAGAGGGUCAGCUGUUUGAGGAGCCAGAGUCACAACCCCUUCAUGGAGAGGCGGAGUUGGAACCGGAGACCAGUGAUGGUUCAGGCUCCUGGGAAGAUGCAGCACUGCUGAUGGAGACCAACCUUUCAGGCCCUGCACCAGCCCCCACCACCCCAGAGACUCUGGGCAGCUCGGAGCCCUCUGUGGCCACUGUGCGUCAGCGCUCCACCUGCUCAAGCUCUUGA